CAUUGCCCGCCUUUUGACAACAACUUGUAUCCGUGCCCUCUGCCAUCACAACCCGCUUGCGCCCAUCUUCAUCACACUACUUGCCUUGCGCUCCUCUCGACUUCACUACUCAAGCAAGACGCCUCGCCUCGCCACGCCACGCCUCACCUCGCCCCGCCUCGCCCCCUCGACUGCCGUUUUGUGACCUGAACUACUGGCCCACCUGGCAUGGUGGUCCCCGAUGUGGUGCAGCGAUGGAGGCAGCAACACUCAGACGGCACCAAUAACGACGACGAUGGCGGCAACACCAGCAACAAUGCUGGCGCGGGGCUUCGCCGCGUCCCCUCCUUUCUGCAACCAGCAGGGAGACGCUAUCGUAAGCUCCUAAGCUGGAUCUCCCGCGAGCUAAACUUCUACCGCAUCCACGUCCUCGUCUUCGUCUUCACCCCCUUGAUCAUGGCCGCCAUCUUCUAUGCGUCAAACGGACAGAACCAUAUACCCUUCAUCGACUGUCUCUUCGUCUGCGUAAGCGCAAUGACCGUCACUGGAUUGGUGACGAUCAAUAUCAGCACGGUCACCGCUUGGCAGCAGGCUAUUCUGUUCAUGUUGAUGUUGUGUGGCAAUAUCAGCGCCGUGAGCGUUACGAUGAUCUGGGUGCGCCGCCACUUCUUCCGCAAGAGCUUCGAUAAUGCCAUUCGUAAUAAUGCUGCGGCGAGGAAGAGGGCAAAGGAUAUCGAGGAGGCUCAUCAUCUGCAGCGAAGGAUGGGGAUCAUCCGCCUCAAGCAAGCAUUCGGCCUCUCCCGCAGGCACAGCAGCGACGACGAGAUGGAGAUGGAUCGCACGAGCACGUCAUCGACGGAUCGCCAGGCAGAGGCAGAGCUGCGUGCCGCAGCGACAGCAAAGAAGAAGAAGCAGCAGCACAAGGGACCCUUGAGAACGGACAUGAUUCGCAGGGUGGACCAGCCUGCUAUGCUGAUCAAUCCGAUGGGGAUGCCUAGCGAGGGACAUCCAGCCGCACAGCAGCAGGGAGACGAGCCGCAGAGCACCGGUACGGGCGGGCCAGGUGGGAUCUUGACAAAUACGGAGCGCAGGUCCAUCGACGAGGACAGGGGUUCUCAGCAACAAGGGCAUGGGCAGGGGCAAGGGUCUGGGCCCGCAGUUAGGAUCACUUUCCCCGAUGAGCAAGAGCAGCGCGAUCCAGACGAGGCAGCCCCUCGCUCUCCUGGCCGCCAUCGACGACAGCCUUCGAGCGGCAGCAUGCGUGGCCAUCGGCGAAGCGCUUCAGGUGGCAGCGGGAACGGCAGUGACGUCAACAGCAAUCCACUCGCCCUUUUCCGCACCAGCCGCAUCGGUGGAGACGAAGACGACGCAGAAGAAGCGGCAGAAGACGGUGAAGACAAUGCCCACGUCCUCGUCGAAUCUCCCUCGCAGACAAGCAUGGUCUCCCCUCCUUCACCCGCCGCCCCAACAGCCUCACCUCGCACACGUUUCCACGACGUCGACCCCCCGAGCAUUCGCAUGCGUCGUCGUCGCGGCUCAGACCCUAGUGGCUCUGAUCGCCUCCAUGUUCGUCGAGGCUCUCAGCCUGCCCCUCUCCACCUGCCCAGCGCCUUUGCCGGUAUCGACUGGCGGCAGGGCGAGGACCGGCUGCCCCGUUCGCAGACCGUCGAGUUCGCCGAACCGCCACGCACGGCUACGCGACCGAGCACAGCUACAGCUACAGGCACGGCCACUUCCAUGUCGACGCCAGCGCCAGGCCCCGAUCGCGGCUACACGACGGGCGUCUUCCCCAAGGUGCCCACCUCAGCCGGCAUGGGCACCCUCCCGCGCCAACGCACCUUCGAGCGGACAAUGACAGGCGUCUCCUCUCGCCGAGCAGGGGGAAUUCCCAUCACGCGCACCAUGACCACCUCGGCGAAGGAGCGCGGGUUUGGUGGAUUUCCUACGCCCAUCGAUCUUGCAGGACGCGGGAUCAAGGCCGUACUCCCCGGCGUACGCGAGAGGGUCAUGCGCUCCACCACCAUGCCCCGUACCUCUACUAUUGCGUCGACGCACAGCUUCACGCGCGUCGGUACCCAAGUCGGGCCGGAUGGCGGGGUCAAGUCGGCGCCUUACCUCAGCUUCGACGUCAAUGUGUACGGCAACUCGAUGUUCCACUCUUUGACCGAGGCGCAACGUGAAGAGCUGGGUGGGGUCGAGUAUCGCGCCCUGGAUAUGCUGGCAAAGAUCGUGCCGGCGUACUGGUUUUGCAUUCAGAUGUUCAUGGUCGUCCUGGUCGCGCCGUACUUGGCCAGCGGGGCGUUCAACAAGUACCGCAGCGUCUUCCAGUCGCAGGGGGCCUAUGAGCCGGAUACCACCUGGUUCUGGUUCUUCCAAGUCACCUCGGCCUACUCCAAUACGGGCAUGUCGCUCAUUGACACCUCCAUGACAGGAAUGGCGGACGCCUACUUCCUCCUCAUCCCAAUGGGCAUCCUCAUCCUCAUAGGCAACACCGCCUUCCCCGUCUUCCUGCGCUUCUGCAUCUGGCUCUACUCUCGCCUCACGCCCAAGACAUCUCGCACAUACGAGACGCUCCGCUUCAUCCUCGACCACCCGCGUCGCUGCUUUGUCUACCUCUUUCCCUCGGGACAGACGUGGUUCCUACUCUUCGUCAUCGUGGUCCUCAAUGUGACGGAUUGGGUCUUCUUUGAGAUCCUCGACAUCGGGAACCCGGAGAUCGAGUCCAUCCCUGUCCCACAGCGCAUCUUCGACGGUCUCUUCCAGUCCAUUGCAGUGCGCGCCGCCGGGUUCCAGGUCGUCUCCCUCCUCACGCUCGCCCCUGCCGUCCAGUUCUUGUACGUCGUCAUGAUGUACAUCUCCGCCUACCCCAUCGCCCUCUCCGUGCGCAGCACAAACGUCUACGAGGAGCGUUCCCUCGGCAUCUACACGGAGAAGGGCACGGGGGACGACCCAGAGGAGGCAGAGCUCCCCAACGAGGUCUCGUCGCGCGGCUGGGGCACCUACCUCGCUGCGCACGCUCGACGCCAGCUCGCCUUCGACAUCUGGUGGCUCGGCUUCGCACUAUGGCUCGUCUGCAUCAUGGAGCGGGGCAACAUCCAGGACCCGGAGUCCAACGGGUGGUUCACCGUCUUCUCCUGCCUCUUCGAGCUGACUUCUGCAUACGGAACCGUCGGCUUGAGCACGGGAACGCCGUACGACGCCUUUUCCCUCUCUGGGCGCUUCGGUACGCUCGCCAAGCUGGUCGUCAUUGCUACCAUGUUGAGGGGGAGGCACAGAGGGUUGCCCGUGGCCAUCGAUCGUAGUAUCAUGUUGCCCAAGGAGCUCGAGGACCAGGAUGCCGUCGACGAAGCGUGGAGCGUUAUGGAUGGGGCGGCCGCGAGGGAGAUGGAGCGCACCUUUUCGCGCUUGGCGACGGGCAGUUUUGGACGCGGUGGAGUCAUGGAGGAGAAUGUCGUCGACCUGGACGCGGGGACGGGAGGCAAGACGUACGGUGAUGCGAAGAUGGACAAGGAAGAUGAGGAGGGCAAUUCCCACUCGGACUCGGGCUCCGACUCCAAGGCCGCCAGCCUGGUGGACGGAGCCGGGUCCCCCGAGAGCAGCGGCUCAGGCUCAGGGUCGGGAGGGAGCGCCAAUGGUAAUCACCACUCCGCGACCACCGGCUCGCCCGCUCUCGCCCCCGCACCGCCGUACAGCAGCACCGCUGUCGCCGCUCCGACCCCUGCCUCGCACUUCGCAGGGAGCCAUCGCCUCUCCCGCUCCCUCUCGCCCUCCUCAAGCGGCAUCGGCAUGGGCAUCGCAGGCGCUACGCCCGGCGCGGCAUUUGGGCUCGACGCAAUUCAGGAGUCGCAACGCGGAGGUGGUGGGAGUGGGGGGCGCACCCCGGUCUCAGAGGAGGAGAGACCCGCCUUAUCGCGCGCGCCGAGUGGGAGCGAGGGGAGCGGGAGUAGCAAGGGGAAAGAGAAAGCCGAGGAGGAGGUGGAGGAGGUGGCGAGCAAGAAGGAGAGAUGACCAUUCGCCCCCCCCUGGGCCGACGCGACUCAGAUUCCGGCGAUACAUGACAAUGAUGAUGGUUGCAAUUUCCCACUUCUUUCGGCUUCGCAUCCAUCUAAUGACAUGACAUUCG